CCCAGAAGAGCCCGGAAGAGAGCAGAAGGUGGAGCCAGCUCCAAUGUCUUCUCCAUGUUCGAUCAGUCCCAGAUUCAGGAGUUCAAGGAGGCCUUUACCAUCAUGGACCAGAACCGGGAUGGCUUCAUCGACAAGGAAGACCUGAGGGACACCUUUGCUGCACUUGGCCGUAUCAAUGUCAAGAAUGAGGAGCUGGAGGCCAUGGUAAAGGAGGCCCCUGGGCCCAUCAAUUUCACCAUCUUCCUCACCAUGUUUGGGGAGAAACUCAAGGGUACUGACCCAGAGGAGACCAUUCUCCAUGCUUUCAAGGUGUUUGACACUGAAGGGAAAGGCUUCGUCAAGGCCGACUUCAUCAAGGAGAAACUCAUGACCCAGGCAGACCGGUUCAGUGAGGAGGAGGUCAAGCAGAUGUUUGCGGCUUUCCCACCAGAUGUGUACGGCAACUUGGACUACAGGAACCUGUGCUAUGUCAUCACGCAUGGAGAGGAGAAGGACUAGGUGUGGCUCUUUUUCCACAUUCAGAGUCAGACCUGAUGGGG